UAAUAAAAUAUAUUGUAAGUUAUAAGUCAGCCAAUUACAUUAUAUAAAUCUAAUUAUUCUUGUGAAAUGUUUUACAAAAUAUAUACUUUUUUAUUAAUUUUUAUGUGUGGACAUUUUUUUGAAGAAGUUUUUGGAAAUAUACUUUUAAUUAACCCGGAAGAAGUGAUAUUAGAUAAUAGAAAACAAUAUAAUGGUUAUCAUACAGAAGCUAUGUGGAUUACGGGGGAACAUUUUAAGAGGCCUUCAAAUAAAGAAAUAAUAGUAUAUGAUAGUUGGGACAAAACUGUUUAUUAUAUAGAUGCCAAGUGGAUUAUUGAGACAUAUAGUUUGAAACCUUCAAAAAAAUAUUUAAUGUGUGGUCCUUUAAUAUUGGAUUUUGAAAAUAAAAAUGAGAUUUUCGCAGAACUUUAUGUGAAUUUUAAUACCAUCAUUGUUGAAAACAUAGAGAAUAAUGACAUAAUAUAUAUUAAAAUCACAUUCGAAAAAGAAAACAUUAUAUUAAAUUACAAAGGAAAUGAUAACUAUUUCGAAUACAAUGUAGAAGAAAUGAAUCUGAAACUAAAGUCAUUUAUACGAAAAAUAAACAAACUACUUCUAAUCAGAAUAAUUAAAAUUCAAAGCAGUAAACUAGAUAAUAAUACAUCUUUAAUAAAUGAUACAGUCUAUGAUAAACAUACCGGAGAACAUCUAAGAAGACUCGAGGAUAUGUCUUUGUGGAAAUAUGUCGAAGAGGAACUUAUUCAAUCGUAUGUUUUUACAACACCCAAUACAACAAUUUAUGAUUUUAUUCUUAAUUCAACAAUGUACGGGAUUGCUAUAAAUUUCACUCUUAAAGAAGCAAUAAGAAUCAUGUGCGAUCGAACUUUUAAGUAUGCGAUUUUGCUAAUGUUAUAUGCCUAUGAGGCACUGAGAAUUGAUUAUUGUAAAACACUAUAUUGGGACCAAUUAAUAAAGAAUUUAAUCAAAUUGAGUGAUGUAUUAAUAAAGUUGAAUUACGACAAUGAACUACUUAAAGGAUUACAAGAACUUAAAAAAGGACGUCAUGAACGUGAAAUAAUGAGUACUUUUCAAAAAUUAGUGAAUAAAUAUGUAAAUAUUUUCUUAACGCCCCGAGAAAUAAAAAUGUAUGAUGUAAAAACAAAUAUUAGUUCGAAUAAUAAUAAUUUUGAACACAUUCUAUCACAAAUUAUAAUAGAUAAAAUAUUAAAAGGAUUUCCGAAACCUUGUGAAGACAACGAGCCAUACAAAUUUGAACUUAUAUGUGAAAUAGAGGGAAAAUUUCAGAAAAUUUUUAAGUUAAUUGACACAGAAUUCAAAAUAAUUCACAGAAUAGAAUUUUAUAAUAUUUUUUAACUUUUUUAGUAUGGUAGAUAUAUCAUUUUUAAAAAAUUUCAAUGUUAAUUCGAUCACACUUAAUUUAUUCAAUAAUUUAUUCAGCCAUUUUAAAAUUAAUAAAAGACAAAAAUAGUAAUCGUAUAAUAUGAUAUAAUUUGUACAUAUGAUACUCAUAAGGUUUAUUGUCGAUAUUUGUCAUUAUAAAAUGUAUUUUUGCUAAAGAUCGUGUGAUUUCUGAUUUUAUAAUAAAAACAAGGACAUAUUAUUCGUUUUAAUAAAAA